ACGCUUCAUCGUUUGUCGACCAUGCAUCGGUCUUCGUAUACAAUUUCCUCUUUUUUAUCAUUGCAACAUUUCUUAUUGCAUUUUGCUACAACAAAUCACAGCUUUUAAAUAGCAAUGAAAAUUAGGAUGGAUUUCUGAACUCCUCACCUUCAUUUUUGCACUUGCUUUUUCGAGCUAAGAGCAGGAAAAUAACACGAGAGCUAUAAAGAUGGUGGUUUGAGACUUGAUGAGCCAUAAAAAAUGUCUUGGAUCACAACACUUUCCUGCUCUAGCUCUGAGGUGCAGUCAUCAGGGAGCUCGCCUUUGCAAUGGCUGAGAUUCAUCUUUCUCUCUCCAUGCCCUCAAAGAGCACUCAUAUCUGCUGUAGACAUCCUAUUCUUGAUUGUCUUGCUCUUCUUUGCUGUCCAAAAGCUCUAUUCGAGAUUCACCGCUACUCGCCACUCAAAUGGUGAGAUCAGUACUCCUUUGAUCAGUAGGAAGACUGAUCCUGUUAGAACCAAUGUAUGGUUCAAGCUCGUCCUGCUCGUCUCGUUGCUGGUUGCACUUGUUUCGUCUGUUUUUUGCGUACAUGCUUUAAGCAGGACUGCUGAGUCGGCAUGGCAGACCGUGGAUGGGUUGUAUUGGCUGUUCCAAGCGAUUACUUAUUUAGUAAUUGCUGUUCUUAUUAUUCACGAGAAGAGAUUUCGAGCAACGACACACCCUUCGACUCUCCGAGCAUAUUGGAUUGUGCAGUUUGCUGUUUUGGUGUUGUUCUUUGCUUCUUCUCUCACACGUUUGAUAUCUUUCCAAGAAAGUGGCUCAGAGUUGAGAGUAGAUGACAUUGGCUCGAUUAUCAUGUUCCCUUUAUCCGUCGUGCUUCUUGCAGCCGGAAUCAGAGGGGUGACUGGUGUUGAGGUGGUGAGGGAUCAUCAGUCAGUGGAUUCAGAAACUCAUGAGUUUGAAGAAAUUUCGGAUGACUCUCAUGUCACUGGCUAUGCUUCAGCUUCCGUUAUCUCGAAGAUGUUUUGGAUUUGGUUGAAUCCCCUUUUGAAUAAAGGCUACACGGCGCCCCUCAAGCUCGAGGACGUGCCUACCCUCUCACCGGAGCACAAGGCAGAGCGGAUGUCGCGUCUCUUCCAAAAGAACUGGCCUAAGCCCGAGGAGAACUCGAAGCACCCUGUUGUGAAGACGCUGGUUCGCUGCUUCUGGAAGCACCUUGCCUUCACUGCCUUCCUCGCACUUCUGAGGCUCUGCGUGAUGUACGUUGGGCCCACACUGAUCCAAGGGUUCGUUGAUUUCACAGCAGGGAAGGCCUCUUCCCCUUAUGAGGGAUACUACCUCGUGUCUGUUUUGUUAGUUGCUAAAUUUGUUGAGGUGUUGAGCUCUCACCAGUUCAACUUCCACACGCAGAAGCUCGGGAUGCUUAUCCGUUCCACGCUUAUUACAUCCUUGUAUAAGAAGGGGUUGAGGUUGUCUGGCUCAGCAAGACAAUCUCAUGGGAUCGGACAGAUUGUGAACUACAUGGCUGUCGAUGCUCAGCAGCUGUCAGAUAUGAUGCUGCAACUGCAUUCGCUGUGGCUUAUGCCGAUGCAGAUGACGGUGGCGUUGGUCAUCCUUUACCAGUAUCUUGGCACUGCGACUUUGGCCGCACUGGUCGGGCUUUGCUUGGUCAUUCUCUUCGUGGUGUUUCGUACCAGGAUGAACAACAGGUACCAAUUUCAGAUCAUGAGGAACCGUGACUCGAGAAUGAAGGCCACAAACGAAAUGUUGAGCUACAUGCGUGUGAUCAAGUUCCAGGCUUGGGAGGAACACUUCAACAAGAGGAUUCAGUCGUUUCGAGAGACAGAGUAUAAAUGGCUGUCCACGUUUAUGUACUCGGUCGCGGCUAGCAUCAUCGUGCUGUGGAGCACGCCGGGUGUCAUCUCCACGAUCACGUUUGGGAGUGCUCUCCUCUUUGGCUUCCCGCUCACUGUUGGCACUGUGUUCACAACAACCUCACUGUUGAAGAUGCUGCAAGAGCCGAUCCGGGCUUUCCCCCAGUCGAUGAUCUCGCUGUCGCAGGCCAUCAUUUCUCUGCAGAGGCUGGAUAAGUUCAUGACUAGUGCAGAGUUGGUGGAUGACACGGUGGAGCGUGUUGAAGGAUGCGACAGCAAUAUUGCUGUGGAGGUUAGAGACGGGACUUUUAGCUGGGAUGACGAGAGCAAGGAGGAGGUAGUCAAGAAUUUAAAUUUUGAGAUAAGGAAAGGGGAGCUUUCGGCCAUUGUUGGGACGGUCGGAUCAGGGAAGUCUUCACUUCUUGCAGCAAUUCUUGGUGAGAUGUACAAACUAUCUGGGAAGGUUAGAGUCUAUGGUACCACUGCCUACGUUGCCCAGACUGCGUGGAUCCAAAAUGAGACGAUACAAGAAAACAUAUUGUUUGGUUUGCCGAUGAAUGGGGAGAAAUACAAGGAAGCUAUCAGAGUUUGUUGCUUGGAGAAGGACUUGGAAAUGAUGGAGUUUGGAGAUCAAACUGAGAUUGGAGAGCGCGGUAUCAAUCUGAGUGGCGGCCAGAAGCAACGAAUUCAGCUUGCACGAGCCGUUUAUCAGGAUUGUGAUAUUUAUCUUCUCGAUGAUGUGUUUAGCGCUGUUGAUGCUCACACGGGAUCAGCUAUUUUCAAGGAAUGUGUUAGAGGGAUUCUUCGAGACAAGACUGUUAUACUUGUUACACACCAAGUCGACUUCUUGCAUAAUGCUGAGCAGAUCCUAGUUAUGAGAGAAGGCUCCAUUGUUCAAUCCGGGAAGUACGACAGCCUACUGGAUUCUGGACUGGACUUCACGGCAUUAGUCGCUGCCCAUGAAGCCUCUAUGGAACUCGUUGAUGUAGAGACAAAAAAUGAGGACAUAACCUCCCCGAAGGUGAAAACUCAAGGAUCUUUCAAACUAAGAGAAGCAAAUGGCGAAAGUAACUCUCAAGAGAAAUACGAGCAUGACAAAGGAAAUUCCAAGCUCAUCAAGGAGGAAGAAAGAGCCACUGGGAAAGUGAGUUUGGAAGUUUACAAGCUGUAUGGCACGGAGUCAUUUGGAUGGUGGGGGGUCGUGGCCAUGCUGUUUUUCUCCGUGGCAUGGCAGGGGAGUUUGAUGGCAAGUGAUUACUGGUUGGCGUAUGAAACUUCAGAUGCGAACGCUGAUUCAUUCAGCCCUUCCCUCUUCAUCUCUGUAUACGCCAUCUUUGCAGCAGUCGCCUUUGUUUUCGUCUUCAUAAGGAGCAUUUUGAUUACUGUUAUGGGAUUAAAGACGUCCCAGAUAUUCUUCUUGCAGAUUCUUCGUAGUAUCCUGCUUGCACCUAUGUCGUUCUUUGACACAACGCCCUCUGGAAGAAUCUUGACUCGGGCAUCGACCGAUCAAACCAACGUUGAUAUCCUAAUACCAUUCUUCAGUAGCCUCACCCUUUCGAUGUAUGUAUCUCUGCUCAGCAUCAUAAUCAUCACGUGCCAGUAUGCUUGGCCGACAAUUAUCCUCGUGAUUCCUCUUGCCUGGCUGAAUUUCUGGUACCGGGGUUAUUACCUCUCGACAUCUCGCGAAUUGACUCGACUUGAUUCCAUCACAAAAGCGCCGAUCAUUCAUCAUUUUUCAGAGAGUAUCACUGGCGUCAUGACUAUCCGCUGCUUUAGGAAGCAGGAGAGCUUCUGUCACGAGAAUUUGAAUCAUGUAAACGGUAAUCUGCGAAUGGAUUUCCACAACAACGGAUCCAAUGAAUGGCUUGGAUUCCGUCUGGAACUAAUGGGAAGCUUCAUCCUCUGCAUGUCUGCAUUAUUCAUGACAAUUUUACCUAGCAGCGUUAUCGCGCCAGAGAAUGUCGGUUUGGCUCUCUCAUAUGGUUUGUCCCUAAACACGACAUUGUUUUUGGCCAUAUACUCGAGUUGCUUUCUGGAGAAUAAAAUGGUUUCGGUUGAGAGGAUAAAACAGUUCACCAUCAUACCAUCUGAGGCCGAAUGGAAGAAAGAGGACUCCACCCCUCCGCCUAACUGGCCAUCACGUGGAGACGUUGAGCUCAACAAUGUGCAGGUUAGGUAUCGCCCGGAUACGCCUCUGGUUCUCAAGGGUAUCAGCCUGAGCAUAUCCGGGGGCGAAAAGAUCGGCAUUGUUGGUCGAACAGGAGGUGGGAAAUCAACACUGAUCCAAGUUUUGUUCAGAUUGGUUGAGCCAUCUGGUGGGAAGAUCAGGAUCGAUGGCAUUGAUAUCUCGGGACUAGGGCUUCAUGAUCUGAGGUCUCGCUUCGGAAUCAUCCCUCAAGAACCGGUUCUUUUUGAAGGAAACGUGAGGAGCAACAUCGACCCUACAGGCGUCUACUCAGACGACGAAAUUUGGAAGGGCCUCGAACGCUGUCAGCUUAAGGACGUUGUGUCUUCAAAACCGGGGAAGCUUGAUUCAUCAGUUACUGGCGACGGCGACAACUGGAGUGUCGGGCAGAGGCAGCUACUCUGCCUAGGAAGAGUGAUGCUGAAGAAGAGCAGACUUCUGUUCAUGGAUGAAGCCACUGCGUCCGUUGAUUCUCACACGGAUGGAGUGAUCCAGAAGAUUAUCCGGGAAGACUUUGCCUCGUGCACCAUCAUAAGCAUCGCGCACAGGAUACCAACAGUCAUGGACUGUGACCGCGUGCUAGUCAUAAAUGCAGGGUUGGCCAAGGAGUUCGACAGCCCGGGCCACUUGCUCGAGAGACCAUCUCUGUUUGGUGCGCUCGUGCAGGAGUAUGCCAACCGGUCAGCCGAGCUGUGACGAGGGAAAUCCGCAGUCACGACAGUGAUAUUACCACGACUACUUAACUUUUAUCAAGAUUUCAUAUGUAGAUUACAUUUUUGGUGUUGGGAGAGAGAGGGGUGUGCAAGAUCAACCAACUUUGGCUAAAUAUGGAGGAAAUAAGAGCACAAGGCAGUUGCCAAAACUCA